GGCUGAUCCCGGCCUAGAAGUUAUAGUAUGCCAUCAGUCAUGAUUUGAAGUUACAAGUUCACUCAAAACUCUGAAGAUUGAAAGUCUGAACUUGAGUUAUUAUUUCAUUUUGAAUUAGUUUAGUUUACGUAUUUCAAGAUUCAAAUUUUUAAAAUGCCGAAAAGAACUGAGGUGGACAAGUUAGGAAAAAAAGGGAAAGCAGAUGCCAAUGAAGUCAAACGAAAACAGUCCAAACCUACAGAAUUAAAAGAAAAAAUGCCGAAAAAAACUGCGGUGGACAAGUUAGGAAAAAAAGGGAAAACAGGUACCAAUGAAGUCAAACGAAAACAGUCCAAACCUACAGAAUCAAAAGCAGAAGCAAGCAAAGCAGUCUUACCUGUUGAAGAAACAUUGUAUUCUCUUCAAAUGGAGAAACGUUUGCUAGUCUCAAAAUUGAAAAAUGAGAAAAAAGAAUUGUCUGAGAUGAAAAGUGACUUAAAAAACUUGGAAUUUCAAUUAUUGCGAAAUCCUGAGAGAAAAGAAGAAAAGUAUUCAGAAUUGUCAAAGAAUGUUAUGAUGUGGUCCGAAUGUUUUGGCAUGGUCAUUGAACAAGCCAAUUGUGUCAAAAAAGAGGACUGGGAGUGGCAUAUUCUAGGCACUGUUGAUGAGUUGAAAUUUGAACUCACUAUAGUUUGUGCAAAACAACUUGACACCUACUCACAGGAAACCUCUCUCAAGGGUUAUGUAAAAAAAUGCACUAUUGAAACUUCUGUACCUUGCAAACAAGAGCUUGAGCAAUGGUUUGAAAAUGUUGAAUGCAAUGUUGAGCAGAUCUUCAAAGUUUUGAAAGGUUAUAGUGAAAUGAAUAAUGCAAGGACAAUUGGACUUGAUACUUGCCAGGAAAAGUUUCCUUCUCUAAUUUCUGUUUCUCAGCUUGAAAUGUCGGAAGGUAUCACUGUUGAACUGAGCAAUGAGGAUGCUUAUUUUUAUAAGAUCCAAUGGAAGCUUGAACCUUGUCCAAAAAAUUUCGCGAAAGUGAUUAAUUAUUGUCGCCUCGCAUGUACUGAAGAUGGUGAGAAAUAUCUGAAAAAUAAGACUGAACUGUCAAGUAUCAAGAAAAAAUUAAGUAGUUCUCCUGUAGAAAUUAUUCAACUUUUGGCCAGUAAAAUCGACAGAGCUCUUCAGAAAGAAAAAAGUUUAUAAAAACCUUACAGCACAGAUUAUGAAAAGCGCUUAUAAUUUCCUUUGUACUUGAGCUUUUUAUUUAUCUGUGACACUUAUGGUGGAGAUAUCACUGCAUUGCUUUUUUUUUUUUGUUUUGGCAGAACUGAUCUCUUGAACCACUUCCAUCCCCUUUACAACUCGCCCAAAUGCGUUUUGUUUAUUUCCAAACAACAGUUGAAACAGUGAAAUAUCAAACAAAACAAAAUACUGAAAUAAACUUAUGUGUAUCAAUUG